AUGCCUGCCCCAAUCGAUGUCGUCGAUCCCGUCUUGCCCGUGCGCGAGCUCGAGGCUGACGAGGAGUACGUGAUGGUCGCCUUUGAGCGCCAUGCAAGCCACUGCACUCGAUGCGCGGAUCCUCUCAAAGCGCGCAAAGAAGACCGCUCCCUCUGCGAGCGUGGACACCAAUAUGCCGUUGACGUCGCCGACUACCUGUACAGCAAGAACGGAAAGUCGUACUCGACCCUCGACCGUGAGCGCAACCAGCCUACUCUCGUCAAGAUCCCCCGCGACUGUCGGGCUGUCCGCGCACUGCUCCUCGCCAUUGAAGAUGGUCUGCGCCUGAACCACAAAGAACAGGGUGCUGUCCAGCCCCCUCGGUCACCGUCACCUAUCAUCACCUACGACCGGACUUACCCCGUGCCUCCUCGCCGAUCGACAAGCCCACAACAGCAGCCCGUUCAGUAUACUGAGAUCAUUGAGCGUGAGCCCCGUGAUACGAUGCGUCGUCGGGUCAUUGUCUACUCUUCUCCUCGCAGCUCCCCUAGCCGGAGCUCCCCCAGCCGGGGCUCGCUGUAUGAGUCUGACGCAGCGGAGCGCAGACGCUUCAGGGAGUCCUCGCGGGUCUACAGACCCACCGAAUACCACCGUUGA